GAGAGAGUCGUGGAAGCGUGGAGAAAGAGCCGGCGUGGACGACGACGUGACUCCUCCAGCUCCAAGGCCUCCCGCCUGGUUAUGGUUACGGUUUAGGUCCUCGUGUACAGAGCACAACCUCGUGCUGCCGCCAUCGGUUUGGUUCGGCGGGCCUUGGGCACCAACCCCUCUUCCUCCCCGCCCCGGGUCUUCCUUUCCUCAGCACAGCGCACCUGCUAGCUAACUACUCCCACCCACGAGUAGCACGGAACCGAGCAGCGCGACAUUGAUGGCGUCCAAGGGCGAGAGGGAUGUGGAGAUCCACGUCUCCUCCCCGGCGCCCGACGACCGCGACGCCGCCAGGCCCUUGCUGCCCGCCGCCUGCGAGGCCUACUCCGUCUCCGCCGCAAUCCUACCCUUCUUCUUCCCAGCUCUGGGUGGGCUUCUCUAUGGCUAUGACAUCGGGGCAACAUCUGGUGCCACCAUAUCGCUCAAGUCCUCCACAUCCAGUGGUACAACAUGGUACGACCUGUCAUCAGUGCAAACUGGCCUCGUGGUCAGCGGCUCACUCUACGGUGCUUUGAUCGGAUCCGCCACGGCAUUCACCGUUGCGGAUUUUCUAGGAAGGCGCAGAGAGCUUGUUGUUUCUUCUAUCAUGUAUUUGGUUGGGGCUCUUCUCACAGCAGUGGCCCCUAACUUCCUUAUCAUGGUGGUUGGUCGCUUUUUAUAUGGCAUAGGAAUUGGAUUGGCAAUGCAUGCUGCUCCAAUGUAUAUUGCUGAGACUGCUCCAAGUCAGAUUAGAGGCAUGCUCAUUUCUCUCAAGGAGUUCUUUAUUGUUCUUGGGAUGCUUCUUGGUUAUAUAGUGGGCAAUCUCUUUGUUGAAGUGAUUUCUGGUUGGCGCUACAUGUAUGCCGCCAGUGCUCCGAUAUGCGUCAUUAUGGGCAUCGGAAUGUGCUGGUUACCUUGUUCACCUAGGUGGCUUCUGUUAUGUGCCACACAAGGAAAAGGAGAUCUGCGGGAGACAAAAGAAAAUGCUACACGUUGCUUAUGUCGAUUGAGGGGUCAAGCGUCACCUGAUUUGGUUUCGGAGCAGGUUAAUUUGAUUCUGGAAGAACUCUCAUACGUUGGUGAAGAGAAAAAAGCAGGCUUCAGUGAGAUCUUUCAAGGAAAGUGUCUCAAAGCAAUGAUAAUUGGAUGUGGCUUGGUGUUCUUUCAGCAGGUCACUGGCCAACCAAGUGUGCUAUAUUAUGCUGCGACAAUUUUUCAGAGUGCUGGAUUCUCUGGAGCAUCUGAUGCCACUCGUGUAUCAAUUCUUCUUGGCUUGCUGAAGCUGAUUAUGACUGGAGUUGCGGUUCUUGUGGUUGACAAACUUGGUAGAAGACCAUUACUAAUUGGUGGUGUUAGUGGAAUUGCUGUCUCCCUAUUCUUAUUGUCUUCAUACUAUACCUUGUUUACGGGUGCUCCUUAUGUGGCUGUAAUAGCACUUCUACUGUAUGUUGGCUGCUACCAGUUAUCAUUUGGUCCUAUUGGCUGGCUUAUGAUUUCGGAGGUUUUCCCGCUGAAACUGCGUGGCCGUGGAUUGAGUGUUGCUGUCCUUGUGAACUUCGCCUCCAAUGCGCUUGUCACUUUUGCUUUCUCCCCUCUAGAGGACUUGAUUGGCACUGGGGUUCUCUUUGCUUCGUUCGGGGUGAUUGCGGUGGCGUCUCUCGCAUUCAUAUUUUGCAUUGUGCCCGAAACAAAAGGGCUCACCCUGGAAGAAAUCGAAGCCAAACUGUAGAUCCAACUAUCUGUAGUCUCGUCUUAGUUAGCAUCUUCUUUACUGCUCUUAUUGGUCAGGUAUUUUGUAAGCGUAGUAUUACAUUGAGAAAACUACUUAUUUGCCUCUGAAUAAGGUAUAUCUGAAUAGAAGGUGUCCAGGUGGGAAA